UAGACGAGUGGAGUAAUGGACAUUGUUUAUCUGGACUUCACUAGUGCCCGUGGCACCACCUCCCGUAAGAUCCUCACAAAGGAUCUUUGUAGAUGCCUGGGCUGGAUAGAACCACCGGGAGAUAGGCUGGGCACCGGCAGGCUGGGCACGCACAGGCAGGCAGAUGGGCGAUUUUCCCGCCUUCCCUCCCUUCCGCUGCCAGCCCCAAUGGCGGCCCUUCCUCCUCCCCCUCCCCCGGAAGCGGCAUGGAGGUUUCCCCCCUCCGAGCAGGAACUCGAUGGAGCGCAGCUGAAGAUAAUGGAGUCUCAUAGCUCUGUCAGCCUUCACAGGAGUAAAUCACCAGCUUCUGAAAGUGAAGACGAGAUUGAGUUUGUUGGAGAAGGACCUUUAAGACCUAUACUUGAAUGUAUUGAUCUUGUCAGCAGUGAAGAUGAAGAACCUAACAGCAGUUCUUAUGUUCACAGACCUUCUAAGCGUAAGGAUCACGUUGACUAUCAGAAAGAACGAGUUGCAUCAACCCUGGAUCGUCUGGCACGACAUGUUGAAGUAGAGAAGCAGCAAAAAGAAGAGAAAAACAAAGCCUUCAAGGAGAAGGUUGAUUCCCAAUAUGCUCAUGGGUUGCAAGAAUUAGAAUUUAUUCGGGAACAUAGUGAUACAGAAGCUGCAAGGUUAUGUGUGGACCAGUGGUUAAAAAUGCCAGGUCUGAAACCAGGCUCUGUUAAUGGUGGAAAAAGGGGUGCUUGUAAGAGGGCAGCUCAGACACAAGUCAACAGCAGUCCCAAACACUGCCCUGUGAUGCAUUGCAACAGAGAGUUUGAUAAUGUACAUCUUCUUCUAGGUCACCUUCAAAGGUUUGAUCAUUCUCCUUGUGACCCAACUGUCACGUUACGAGGACCCCCAAAUAAUGCUGUUGCCUGUGUGAUAUGCUGUGAAAGAUUUUCAACCUCUCAGCAGUAUAGUGAUCAUCUUUUAUCUAAGCUAAAUGAAAAUGAUGGGCAUAAAAAAGGUCUCCCUCCACAGCAUAUUCAGUGUUUUGCAUGCCCGAACUGCUUCCUCCUUUUCACAAAAAGCGAAGAGUGUUUGCAGCAUAUGUCAGGAAAGAAACACUUCCUCCAGGUUUCUCAAUUGAAUGAUGAAAUGAAGACUGGCCAUCCUCUACCUUUUCCAACCUACGCGAAGAACCUUCUGAUAUCUCUGUGCAAAGAGGUCCCCUUCCAAGUGAAGUGUAUAUCCUGCUGCAAGAUACUACGAUCGCAUAUGGAAUUAACGGCUCAUUUCAGAAUGCGUUGUCAUAAUUCUGGGCCUGUGGCACUGUCGAAGAAAAGCAUCUCCCAAGUUGCAGAGAUAUUUAAAACAAAAGGUUACUGUGAGAACUGUGAUGAACUGUUUGCUAAUAAGAAUCAGAUAACCCAACAUAAACAAACCACUCAACAUAACAUUAGAGUUUUUACUACAAUGGAAGAGUCCAUCCUGAUGUUCUGUCAUAUCAAUGGGAAACAGAAAAAUCAGUCUUAUUUGUGCCAUAUUGUGGAUCGGUCAAGACCUCUGCUUAAAAGACAUUUGGCUUCAAAUGAGUCUGCCAGUAAAAUGGGGUCUACACCUUCAAAAAGGAAGAGUGAUUUAAAAGGUAACAAUGAAGAUAAUGUAGCAAACCAAAGUCAAGGUAGUGCUUGCAAAGUAAAAGCCUGGUUUUGUGAAUGCCUUCAAAAGUUUUUUACAGAAGAGUUAGUAGAAAAUCACAUUUUAUCAGCAAAUAGGAUCUGUCACAAGUGUGCUGUGUGUGGAAAGCUUGCUGAAAAUUCAAGCAUUAUCCGCCUCCAUAUGAGUCGGUUUCAUGGAGGAGCACACUUGACUAAUUUUCUUCUCUGGUGCAGAGCGUGUUCUGCAGAUCUUAGAGAAGAGGAUAUUAUGGGACACAUAACUGAAUUUCAUGGUGGACAUAGUUACUAUUAUGAGCAAGAUGUUGAAGAUGAACCUAUGCCAUGUGCUUCUGACACAGCAUGCAUUUCUGCAGGUGAAGAUAAAGACUGCAUUUCUAGCCCUAUGGAAGUCUCCCCUGAAAGAAGUCCUAUCGCGGGAAAAUGGCAGUGCCGCAUUUGUGAGGAGAUGUUUGAGUCUGAAGAGAGCGUUAAACAACAUUGCAUGUCCUUAGAAAGCCAUGCAUUUCACAGGUACUCCUGUGGCUUAUGCAGAAAUCACUUUCGGAAAGUAGGAACGCUGGAGCGGCACUUCCAAGAGCAUCAUAAUCAGGAGACACAGACUAAAUAUUUCUGUGGCCUUUGUGGUCAUCUCUUCUUUGACACAGAAGAAGAAUUUCUAAUCCAUUAUACGGAGAUUCAUGGCACGGACUAUACAUUUGUGCCUGAGCAGAUGGAAGUAUCAAUAAAAAAAGAGGAGGACUUCCUCCCAGUUGAACAAGGAGACCUUUUAACCUGUGGUUGCCGGACAACUUAUGUCUCCAAAAUAAACAGGAAAAACGAUUAUGAGAAUUGUCAGAAGGCCAUGCUGGAAAAAGGAAACUUAUGGUUUCGAUGCUGCUUGUGUUCUGCAACGGCACAGAAUAUUGCUGAUUUGAAGAAUCAUCUCAAGAGUCACACGUCACUGAAACCUAAGGGAGAGAUGUAUGUCGUUAGAUGUGCUGCAUGCAACAAAAACUUUAAUGAUCUUCCCAGUGCACAUCAACACUAUCACAUGAAACACUGCUUCUUGCAGAAACCUGAUAUAUCAAGUCUUGCAUCAGAAUCAGAAAACACAGUAUUCAAGUUCACGGCAAGUGGGGCUUGUCAGGUCAGAAAACCUCACAGGCUACAAUUUCAAGCAUCUCCAUCGAAAACUCAGGACAGACCACAGUUGUCUCCUCUGCAGAGACCAAUAGAGCAAAGGAAAGAAAAUAAUGAGGACUCAGCACACGCUGAAGAACUUAGUGAAAAUGGUGAUCUUCCUGAUCUUGACUACCUGAGUACCAUGACUCACAUUGUGUUGGUGGAUCUGGACAACUGGGGAAGCUUUUUCACACAGCUGCCAGCUAACCUGAACCAAGGGACAUUUAUCUGGGGCUUUCAAGGAGGAUACAGCAACUGGAAACCUCCAGUGCAGUGCAAAAUUUACAAUUAUCUUAAGAGGAUUGGAUGUUUCUUUCUUCAUCCACGUUGCGGUACCAGAAGAGAAGCAGCAGACUUUGCUCUCUGUGUUCAUGCUGGUCGUCUGGAUGAGCACCUGCCCAAGCAAAUUCCUUUCACUGUACUUUCUGGAGACAAAAGCUUCCUGGAACUGGAAAACCAAUUUAAGAUGACCCAGCGGUCAGCUUGCAUCCUAAAUCCUCACCACAUUGAAGGAGACAUGAUGUGUGCCUUGCUAAACAGCAUUUCAGAUACCACAAAAGGUUCAGACAGCGAAGAGGAUGAAGAUAUGAAACUAACAGUGAAAAGGAACUUAGAAGAAAUAAAAAACCAAGAAGCCUUUCUACCGAGAGUGACAAGUCAGAAUGUAGAGCAAGAUGUAGAAUUGCAAGAAGCUAUCAAGAGGAGCCUUGAGGAAAUGUAAAUGUAAAUGAACUGUCAUCAGAACUGCUUACAGAAAUGGAAGCUUGUUCAUCUAUUUACAAGGGUUCAGAAAUACCACUUUAAAAACACAUCUGUAUCUAAAAUAGUUAGAUUUAUAAUCUGAUGUUCUCUGUUGUACUGAUGAACAGCCGGAGUUUAUUCAUAUUCACUGCACUAUAUUGUGUAUGAUAAAAAUAAAUUUUUGAAGCCUUUGCAUAUUUGUUUCUAAUAGGUGAUGACUAAGCCUCUCCAAUCUAUCUGUAUAAGUUGUUGCCUAAUUAGUAGGCUAGUCUUACUAGGUAUUUUGGGGCUCCUGGUUCUUUUUUUUUUCCUAAUUGGUCCUUGUAUUUAAUUUCUCUGUCACAAAAUGUCAUUGUCUUUAUUUACUUUUUCAUGUGAUCUUUGCAACAGAUAAAAAUAGUAAACUCAGAUUUACCUAGCUAAUCUUAUUAUAAAGAGAAGCUUAGAUCACAGAUUUAUAUUGAACGUAUGGCCUAACUAACAUAUGCCUGUGACCAGUCUCAUUUCAUAGACCAUAAUUUUGUCUCUCAUAAUUUUUUAAAUGUCAGAAUCAGGACCACAGGUUGUACAGUUAGUUUGCGAGCUUUAUUUUUUCAGUAGUAGCAUGGUAGAGUGUUGGAUUUGAUGGCUUCAAGUUCGAGUUCAGUUCCUCUCCUUCAUCUGAAGCAGGAACAACUUUUGAAGGGAACUUCCUAGUUUCUGUCUGGAAUAGAUUUGAGAGAAUUUAAAUUGUGUUAUUUUUAUAUACUAUGGUCUUAGCUCCCUUCUGUUCAUGAAGAGGUGGCCUUGGAUAAAUUAAUGUAAAUCUGCUAAUUAUUUUUGUAUUGUCCUUAUUUUAGGUGAGAUUAUUUCUGUGUUUAAAAUUAUCUGUCAUCUUUCUCUUUUUUGUUUAAAAAUACCUAUGCAAACUGUCCAGCUUUACUAGCCUAUUAUACUUCAGUUAAUGAUUGUUGUCAGUCAGUAAGAAAUCUCAAUGUAAUAAAAGGCCAGCUUAAUUCUUUUAGUA